AUGGGAUCCAAAGGGCUAAAUAAUUUUCAUAAUGAUCGAAUUAUAAUUGAAAAUUCUCUUAAUGAAUAUCAACUUCAACGUGAAAUGUUAUGUUUAAGAAAAGGUUGUGAAUUUCUUAUUAUAUUUGCAUUUAUUAAACAAGAUAAUAUUGAAAAUAUUCAAUUAUUUGAAUUUAUUAUUAAUAAAUUAAAUCCAAUUAAUCAAAAAAUAAUUCCAAAUUGUCUUAAUCAAAAAAGACCAUCAUUUAUAAAUAGUCAUUCAUGAAAAAGAAGAAACAAAACUAACAUUGAUUGGAAUCAUAAAUCAACAAGACGUAAAAAACCAACAAAGAAAAUAACACCAACGCCAUCAUUAAAUCGUAAACAUCAUCAACAGAAUCAUGAUCGUACAGGUGAUUAUACACCAGGAGCUAAAGUAUCAGCUGAAGUAGCAAAAAUUAUUGAUGAUGAUUUAAGAUAUGAUAAUAAUGAUGAAGUAAAAGAUCAAAAUAUUCAAUUACAAACUGAAAAAGAAAAUAAUCAAUCAAAUGUGACUAAUGAAAAACAAUCUCGUAGUCCAGCUAUUACUAUUAUUCGUUCCAAUAAUUGUCCACCAUUACAAGUUGAGCCAUUCUAUCAUCUUAAGCAUUUAUCUACUAACAAUCAACAAAAUCUUUCAUGUUUACCAACAAAUGAUUUUAUAUCUUAA